AUGACGUUUUCCGAAAAAACAUCGUGCGAGUGGAAAUCACUGAGAAGCUGGGCAGCCCUUUGUGCGUUGUUGGGCGUGGUGCUGCUACUGUAUGCUGACCCAUUUCUAAUACUCUGGUGGCCUCAGAGACCAUCUGAGCAGACGGUCGCGUUACCUCUGGAUAUGGCCACAGAAUCCAUUGAUGACAUGUACGAUGGCUGCCAAUCGAAAACGGCCUCUGUGAUCGACCUCUACGGUGUGUUCGAGUGGCACUUCAACAGAAACUUCAGUUUUGCCUGGGCUUUCGCCGAAAGACACGCAAAGAAACCUGCGCACAAGGACCUGAAAGAAGACCAUGCAACAGUUUUGUACCUGUACACCAAAGUGAAAUUCAUCCGAGACGAGUUCAACAAAGCAGUGAAAAGAGGGAAACAAAAGUACAGCACGGAUAAAUUCAAGUUUCACUACUUCUAUUUCUACUUGACGAACGCCAUUCAGGUUCUGCGCCAGAGCCAGACUCAGUGCAGAACCACCUAUCACAGGACGUGGAAAAAGUUCAAGCAAAACGUCGUCAACACCGACAUGCGAUUUGGCGUUUUCAUGUGGACGACUUCGAGCAAGAGCUCAGCUGGGUUCGGCAGGAAUGUUUCCUGUUUUGAGAUCAACACGUGCCUCGGUGCUGACAUCACAUAUUACUCCGGCGUGAGCCAGAGAGGACAGGUGCUGAUUCCGACCUACGAGGUGUUCAAAGUCACAGAUGUCGUCACCAAUGAUCCAUGGUGCGGCGUGGUCUAUAAGCUGCAGAGCACCAAAGCACCGAGGACAGUUCUCAACUGUAAAGUAAAUGAAAAGCUCAUAGAUUCAUAUUUUGAAACUGAUUCAACGCACUGGCAGGGAAGCAGGGUUGUGAUGAUGUCGGCCUGUGUGAUCUUGCUGAUAAGUGCUUUUGUCCUUGUUAAACAGCAGCAGAAGUGUUUCGUGGCUGCAGUGCUGGGCGCUCUGCUGGUGUUGAUAGUUGUUGUAUUAAUGGUGUGUUAGUCAGUAAACACAAUAGGCCUGAUGGUUAUGGUUGUUUUUGAAAGUUAUGAAGGAAUACAAAGUUCUCUUUACGCUCAGAGCACAUGUUGUUAAAAAUAAAUGUCAAAUAAUUCA